AUGUCCGAAACGAGGGCAUCCGAGACGAACCAACUGAAGCGUAAAUCAUUUGGUGCCUCGCCUGGCGCCGACUCCGACGGCAACGAAGACACACCCAACAAGCGCCAGAGGAUCAGGGACAUUCCUGGCAGAAGUCCUGCGCGUCACGGAAAUGGAACAAUUGGGAAUGGAAACGGGGAACGACAUCGAUCCCCAAUCAAGGACGCACUCCUGAAGGAGGAGAGCCGCUCUCCAGAUGCUCGCAGGGAGCGGCAGGUCGUCCACAUCCCGUCUUCUCCAGAGCAGCGACGGCGGCCUUCUGAGUCGACAAGACAUGAAGUCCGCUCCCCAGUGAGCCCGCCUGACCGGCGCGGCUCUGAAACCAGCCGACGAAUGUCCUCUUCGCACGGGGCAGAGCGCGAUCGGGGCCGGAGGGAGAGCUACUCGCAGGAGGAGAAGAAGCGCGGCAGGCGUCUGUUCGGUGGUCUGCUAAGCACACUAAGUCAAACCACGGCAAAUUCUCAGCAGAAGAGACGUCUGGAGAUUGAGAAGAAACAGCAGGAAAAAGCCGUCAAGCAAAAGACCGAAGACGACAAGCGCCGAAUGGAGAAGCUUGCGAAGCUCGACAAGGUCAGGAAGAUCGAGCAGGUCCGGUUCGAUGAGCAAGUGAUGCGCACCCGUCAUUCCAACAUGCUUGCAAUGGCGCAUUGCCUACGGACCAGGAGCGAGCCCAAGCUGUAUUACCGCCCCUGGGAACUCACACCGGAGCAAGAGGAUGUCAUCAAAGACCAGAUCCGCGACGCCGAGGACGAGAUCGCGAAUGAGGUCCGGCAGUUCAGGCGCCGCAAGGAGCAGAGGCUCAGCGACCUGGGCGUCCUGGCCCUGCCUGCGGCCUCAAAAGUUGACAACACCUUGAGUCUACCACCGAUGAUGCCGCUGCUACUAAUCAUGACCACCACGGCCACGCGCACGAACACGCACCAGCACACUCCUUCCCCUGCCCCUGCACCGAAGAGUACCCACCACCACGAGGAUAAGGAUCACGACGAGAUGGUCGAGGCGGAGGAGGAUACUGUCAUCUACUAA